UGUGUUUGCUGACGAUGAUGUGAACAAACAACGUGACUGCAGUUCUCUUGUUGUAAAAGAGCAGGAAAACGAGGAGGGGGGAUCCUGGCUUAAAUCUGCUUGCCGAGGCGCGAAUGAACAGGAGAAGAGGAUUCUGCUUGGAGCUGACUCUGAAGACGUCUGGAGAUCAAGCUUUAAAGUGCCAAAUGCCCAGGCUGGAGGAGCAUUGUUGGAGCUGCUCCACUUCAUCAAAGACCGAAACUAAGCACCCAUCAUCUGGCGCAAACUGGUUGGCAUCCAGAGCUGAAGAGAUGAUGUCAAUCAUCACAUCGGUGCUCAGCAGUGCCUACAUCUCCCUGCAGGACGUCCGGACGGCCAACCUGAUCCGCCGGGGUGUCGUCCUCUUCACGGUCGGAGUGUUCCUGGCCCUGGUGCUCAACUUGCUCCAGAUACAAAGAAAUGUUACCCUCUUCCCCGAGGAGGUGAUGACAACUUUGUUUUCGUCUGCAUGGUGGAUCCCACCUUGCUGCGGUACAGGAGCCGCUGUUAUCGGCCUGCUGUAUCCCUGUCUCGACAGCCACUUGGGAGAGCCGCACAAGUUCAAGAGGGAGUGGGCGAGCGUCAUGAGGUGUAUCGCUGUGUUCGUCGGUAUCAACCACGCCAGUGUUAAACUAGACUUCGACAACAACGUGCAGCUCUCCUUAACGCUAGCGGCCUUGUCCCUGGGUCUGUGGUGGACAUUCGACCGGUCCAGGAGCGGCUUCGGACUGGGCAUCACCACUGCCUUUUUAGCUACUGUGAUCACACAGCUGCUGGUCUACAAUGGAGUCUACCAGUACACAUCUCCAGACUUCCUGUAUGUACGCUCCUGGCUCCCGUGCAUAUUCUUCUCCGGCGGUGUUACUGUGGGUAACAUAGGACGCCAACUAGCCAUGGGUGGUGUUGAGAAACCCCACAUGGACUGAUUGGUGGAUGACCGGGUGAAGGGCAUCCGAGAAAAAAUGGAUACGUUCUGUGAGGAACGAGAAGAAUGAUGUGAGGAAAGAGACUCUUUGUCACGACCUCAUCUUUUGCUCAGAUGACAAAAGUGCAGGUCAGAAAAGCCCCUCAUCAAACGUGCCAUGUCCUCUGCAUCUCUUUGCAGCCAAACAGCCCCUUCCCGCCUCUGUUGUGCUCCAUUAGCAUUAAGGCUUCCUUCACACUACACAGGUGGACAGCCCUUGCCUUUUGUGUGUGUGUGUGUCCUCGUUUGAAGUGAACAGGAGACUGGUUUAAUUUCAUGAAGUGGACGCGUGCUCCUGGGCGUGAUUGUAUCCUGGAAAUGGCAGAAAAGAAAUGAUGGGGGUGCUAUGAUGUUUUCUUUUCUUUCUUUUUUUCAUUUUUGUAUGAUCAUAAAAGGGAAGUGUUGCUCUAGUGGGCAAAAUGAUGCCUGCUCGCUCGCACAAAGAGAUCCUUUUUUUUUUUUUUUUUUUUUUUUCUUCAAUGUAGAAUCCCAAUGAAACCAAAUUGAAGUAUUUAUUUUCCAAGCAUCCAGUGGCCGCCGCCCCCAAACUAAAUGUAUGUAUGGUAAUGAACGGUGUUUCACAUUUUUCGAAGGACUAGUUCAAUGUCUUGGGAAAUAUUUGGGGAAACUGCUUUCUCAUCUUAUUCCCAGCAGGAAAGCAAAUCAUUUUUCUGAUUUAUUAACACUUGAUUAUAAUACAUGAUUAAAGAAGGCGCCAAGAGUUGACUACCAAUUUAAACUUAUAUAUUCACCAACAGUGAAGAUCACUGAAGCACAAAAUUCAAGCUGCUUCAUUUUUUUUUUAGAAUGGAAAUUAGUUGUUUUUGCCAGUGAAUAGUAUUAUUUUUAAUCAGUUAUCAAGCUUGUCUUUGCUGUAAAACGACAGAGAGGACUGUUUUAAAGUAAGCAUUAGUCGGGACUGGGAGUUGAGAUGAACCAUAGAGGUGAAGCAUGCUUUGAAAGAAUGUACCGGGUAUACUAGCAGUUUAAAAACACCCUUUCCAGUGCAUUUUUAUAGAAUGGACCUUACAUUCCCAUUUGGAAAAACACUUUACUGUGGGAUCGUACAUGUUUUCGACUUCAACAGCAUCCUCAAACUAGAGAUGAUAGUUUGGGAACAGACACCAGUUAAAAUGGGAGAGGACGGGACGUUAUUACGUAAGAUUUGCAAUCUGUGAUUGCCUGUGUAUUAUAGAAUGUAGUGCUUUUGUCACUAUUACAGUUUAGUUGUAUCCUUGUAAAAAAACAUAAUGACAUUACUGCUUGUGUGUAUAAUGGCUUGCUUGUGUAAUCAGACAGGUAUUAUUACCAUACUAGACCUACAGUAUGUUAGUGUUUGGGGGUCUAGAGGAUUAAGUGCAAUCAGACCAUACAUGAGCCGAUUAUUCUUCCUUAUUUAUUAUUUCUGACAAAGGCUAAAAAAAAAAUAUUUGUAACUUUAAAGUAUAUGCAGUGUGGAUCAUUCAAAACAGCAAUAAUAUCCUCUCUUUCUCAUGUUUUUUUUUUUUUUGUAAACAACAAUGCUUUUGUCAGAGAUUACAUGCCUUCAGAGUCAAUACCAAUGACUCUCACCAGAGAGACAGCAUAAAAAAAUAUAUUGUGUCAAACUGUUGUUUUAAAAAAAUCUCAUUUAGUAGCAUUACUGAAGGAAACCUGAUUUAUUUUUUUAAAUCCUUUUUUGUGGCAGAUCACUUCAGGUCAAAUCUGCGUACAUUCAGGUGUGCUAAAACUGAAGAGGAAGCUUUAUGUUUUGAGGUGGUGAAGCACCUUUUGUCUCAAUGUUUUAGAGUUUCCGUGUGUGUGCGUGCGUCUGAUAAUUCAGCUGUGUAUCAUUUUUGCUACUUUGGAUUUAAGUGAAAAAUAAAAACACUUGACAAA